AUGCUGCUGUCUGUCCAGGUGCUUAUUCGCCAUGGCGCCGUUACCCCUUUACGCCAGUCCCCAAACGAAGCGGCCUGCAUCGCUGCACCCUGUUUCCCAAGAGGUGAGAGCAACGCCCACUGACUGAACAUCCACCAAACCAGGGAAUGAUAUGCAACAAAUAGUCUUUAGUCUCCCAUUAUUCAUUAUUCAUUCAUUAAAGGACUUCUGUUAAAUAAAGAUGGCCUCCUGAAUUAACUGGAGUCUCUACUGUAAAUGUUAGGUAUUCACUCCAGCUCCACAGCUUCCAUUAGAUCAUUAGACCAUUAGAUCAUUAGACCAUUAGACCAUUAGAUCAUUAGAUCAUAGAUCACUAGAUCAUUAGAUCAUUAGACCAUUAGACAAUUAGAUCACUAGAUCACUAGAUCACUAGACCAUUAGAUCACUAGAUCACUAGACCAUUAGAUCAUUAGACCAUUAAAUCAUUAACCAUUAGAUCAUUAAAUCAUUAAAUCAUUAGACCAUUAAAUCAUUAGACCAUUAAAUCAUUAGAUCGUUAGACCAUUAGAUCAUUAGACCAUUAGACCAUUAGAUCAUUGCACAUCAUCUUCUGCACAUCUAUCAUUCCAGUGUUAAUACGAAAUUGUAAUUAUUCUGCACUAUGGCCUAUUUAUUGCCUUACCUCCAUAACUUACUACAUUUGCACACACUGUAUAUAGAUGUUCUAAUGUGUUAUUGACUGUACGUUUUGUUUAUCCCAUAUGUAACUCUGUGUUGUUGUUUUUAUCGAGCUGCUUUGCUUUAUCUUGGCCAGGUCGCAGUUGUAAAUGAGAACUUGUUCUCAACUGGUUUACCUGGUUAAAUAAAGGUGAAAUAUUAUUUUUUGUUUUUUGUUUUGAUCAUUAGAUCAUUAGAUUAGAUCAAAUGCAGUUUUGACUGCAUCCAGAAAAUUAUACCACUUUGUCUUUUGAAGAGUUUCUGGUUAGCAUAUCAGUGAAACGCUUAAGCAAUAAUUGCUAUGAAGAAGAGGGGAAUGUGAGAAGGGAAAAUGAGCUGUUGUUGUUAGUGGAAGUGAUUAGCUGUGUGAUUUGGAGCUACUAGAUGCUCAGUCUGACUGUGAUAGAUGUAGUGCUCUCUGGGGUUAGAGCUGAGAUGUCUGCUAUGGAAUUAUCUGGAGUUUCAGGGAGGUGCAUGUCCUGCCUGGGGCCACAGGUUCACUUUCGCUGGCACCUAGGAGCAUCAGAGUGAUCAGACUACACGUUUUGAGCUCUAACAAAAUUGUGACUAUUUUAACUGUCCAACUCUCCAUUUGACUUUCAUCUGUCUCAUUUUCUCCCACUUGUCUUCCCUCCAUCUCUUUGUCUCUCUCUGGUAGACUGUGUCAUGCUUGUCACUGUCUUCCCUCCAUCUUGUUGUCUCUCUCUGGUAGACUGUGUCAUGCUUGUCACUGUCUUCCCUCCAUCUCUGUCUCUCUCUGGUAGACUGUGUCAUGCUUGUCACUGUCUUCCCUCAUCUCGUGGUCUCUCUCUGGUAGACUGUGUCAUGCUUGUCACUGUCUUCCCUCCAUCUCUUUUCUCUCUCUGGUAGACUGUGUCAUGCUUGUCACUGUCUUCCCUCCAUCUCUGUCUCUCUCUGGUAGACUGUGUCAUGCUUGUCACUGUCUUCCCUCCAUCUCUGUCUCUCUCUGGUAGACUGUGUCAUGCUUGUCACUGUCUUCCCUCCAUCUCUUGUCUCUCUCUCUGGUAGACUGUGUCAUGCUUGUCACUGUCUUCCCUCCAUCUCUUGUCUCUCUCUGGUAGACUGUGUCAUGCUUGUCACUGUCUUCCCUCCAUCUCUGUCUCUCUCUGGUAGACUGUGUCAUGCUUGUCACUGUCUUCCCUCCAUCUCUUUGUCUCUCUCUGGUAGACUGUGUCAUGCUUGUCACUGUCUUCCCUCCAUCUCUGUUGUCUCUCUCUGGUAGACUGUGUCAUGCUUGUCACUGUCUUCCCUCCAUCUCUUGUCUCUCUCGGUAGACUGUGUCAUGCUUGUCACUGUCUUCCCUCCAUCUCUGUCUCUCUCUGGUAGACUGUGUCAUGCUUGUCACUGUCUCCCUCCAUCUCUUGUCUCUCUCUGGUAGACUGUGUCAUGCUUGUCACUGUCUUCCCUCCAUCCGUUGUCUCUCUCUGGUAGAAACUGUGUCAUGCUUGUCACUGUCUUCCCUCCAUUCUCUGUCUCUCUCUGGUAGACUGUGUCAUGCUUGUCACUGUCUUCCCUCCAUCUCUGUCUCUCUCUGGUAGACUGUGUCAUGCUUGUCACUGUCUUCCCUCCAUCUCUGUCUCUCUCUGGUAGACUGUGUCAUGCUUGUCACUGUCUUCCUUCCAUCUCUGUCUCUCUCUGGUAACUGUGUCAUGCUUGUCACUGUCUUCCCUCCAUCUCUGUCUCUCUCUGGUUAGACUGUGUCAUGCUUGUCACUGUCUUCCUCUCCAUCUCUGUCUCUCUCUGGUAGACUGUGUCAUGCUUGUCACUGUCUUCCCUCCAUCUCGUUGUCUCUCUCUGGUAGACUGUGUCAUGCUUGUCACUGUCUGCCCUCAUCUCUGUAUCUCUGUAGACUGUGUUGCUUGUCCUGUCUUCCCUCCACUCUUCUCUCUGUAGACUGUUCAUGCUGUCACUCUUCCCUCCACUCUGUCUCGCGGAGAACACAAGCAGACACCACACCCACAUCCCACAUCUCUGUAAACUGGUCAUGCUGUCACUGUCUUCCCCCUAUACUUGUCUCUCUCUGGAGACUGGUCAUGCUUGUCACUGUCUCCCUCCAUCUCUUUUCUCUCUCUGGUAGACUGUGUCAUGCUUCACUGUCUCCCUCCAUCUUAUUCCUCUCUGUAGACUGUGUCAUGCUUGUCACUCUUCCUCCAUCUCCUUCUAUCUAACCCUGAGCUAAUCCUUGUUUACAAGUGCAUCUGUCACUGUCUUCCCUCCACUCUGUCUCCUCUACUGGUUAGACUGUGUCACUCUUGUCUGUGUGUUUGAUUAUGUGUUUGGUUACUACUACUUUUGCGCUACUCUGGUGCAGAUGGAUGGCAAAACACACAGACACACAUACACAACACACACACCACACACGCCAACACACACACAAACAGCUAUGUCUUACUAACUGUGAGACUUUGGAGAACUAACAAUUGUUCCCAUUCAAAUCCUAUUGUCCCAAAACCGAACCUAACCUUAACACCCUAAAAACCCUAACUCCUAACCACCUAAAAUGAACACUAACACACUAACCUUAAAUCUACCCUAGCCUAAAUACCUAUUUUUACAAGUCGACCGGCAAAUGUCUCAAAGUUUCCAAAAUUUUUUUAUUGGUUUACUAUUCCUUGUUAGGACUCUGGUACUACAAUUAGUCAAAUGUGUUACACACCACGAAUGCAAACCCCAACACACCGUUUUUUUGGGGCCCCCUUUUUUAUCUAAAUUUAUUUUAAAAAAAACAAUUUUCCAGGCUGUGAAAAAAGAAAACUGUCACUGUCAGAAAUAUCCCCACUGAGAAAUGAUUAGCAUAAACCCCCCCAUUGAUAUUUGAUAUCCUCUCUUUUUUAAGGACUUUGUUAAAUAAAGAUGGCCUCCUGAUUAACUGCAGUCCUUACUGUAAAUGGAGGUAUUCACUCCCGCUCCACAGCUUCUCAUUAGAUCAUUAGACCAUAGAUCAUUAGACCAUCGACAAUUAGGAUCAACUUAGAUCACUAGAUCACUAGAUCCAUUAGAUCAUUAGACCAUUAGACAAUUAGAUCACUAGAGCACUUAGAUUCAUUAGACCAUUAGAUCUAGAUACUUAGACCAUAUGAAUCAUUAGAUAAUUAACCCAUUAAAUCAUUUAGAUCAUUUAAAUUCUUAAAUCAUUAGACCAUUUAACUUCAUUAGACAAUUAACGUCAUUCGAUCGUUAGACACACCAUGAGAUGCUUUUAGACCAUUAGAUCAUUGCACAUCACCUUCUGCACUCUCAUCAGUCCCGUGUGAAAUACGAAAAAUUUUGUUGGAAUCUAUUCUGUUCACUAGGCCCAUUUAUUUUGCCUUACCUCCAGAACCUUACUACAUUUGCACACAAUUUGUUAUAUAGAUUGGUUCUCAUGUGUUAUGACUGUACUUUUAUUAUCCAUAUGUAACUCGGUGUGUUGUUUUAUCGAGCUGCACUUUGCUUUAUCUUUGGCCAGGUCGCAGUUGUAAAUGAGGAACUUUGUCUCAAAUGGUUUACCUGGUUAAAUAAAGGUUUGCAAAUAUUAAUUUUUUGGUUUUUUGUUUUUGAUCAUUAGAUCAGUAGUUAUUUUGUAGAUCAAAUGCAGUUUUGAUGCAUCCAGGAAAAUGAUACACUUUGCUUACUUUGAAGAGGUUUCUGGUUAGCAUAUCAGUUGAAAGCGUUAAGCCAUAAUUGCUAUUAUGAAAGAAGAGGGGAAUGUGAGAAGGGAAAAUGAGCUGGUUGUUGUUAGUGGAAGUGAUUAGCUGGUGAUUUGGACCCGCUACUAGAUGCUUCAGUCGAGUGUGAUAAUGUAGUGCCUCUCUGGGGUCAGGCUGACCGAUGUCUGCUAUGGAUAUUAUCUGAGUAGGUUCAGGGAGGUGCAUGUCCUGCCUGGGGCCAAGGGUUUAUUACCUUUGUCGCUGUUUUGCACCUAGCGAGCAUCAGACUGGAUCAGCUAAACGUUUUCGAGCUCUAACAAAAUUCGAUGACUAUGUUAACGUCCAACCUCUCCAUUUGACUCUUAAUCUGUGUCUCAUUUUCUCCCACUGUUGUCUUCCCUCAUUUUCUCUUUCCGUACUCUCUAGGUAGACUGUGUCAUCUGUCACUGUCUUCCUCCAUAUCGGUCUCUCUAUCAUGGUCAGCUGUUCAUGCUUUGCUCACUGUCUUCCCCCAGCCAUCUUUGUACUCUCUCUGGCGCUAGGAAUGUGUCUGCUUGUCACUCGUCUUCCCUCAAUCUUGUCCCUCUCCCUCCUGGUAGACUUGUAACUUUUUUGCUCUGUCACCUGUCCCUUCUUCCCUCCAUAUCUUUGUCUCUCUCCUGGUAGACCUGUGUCGAUGCUUGUCACUGUCUUCCUCCAUUCUCGUUUCUCUCUGGUAGACUGUGUCAUGGCUUGUCACUGUCUUCCCCUCCAUCUCGUCGCCUAUGGUAGGACUGUUGUCUCAUGCUUGUCACUGUAUUCCCUCCAUCUAUGCUCUCUCUGGUAGACUGUGUCAUGCUUGUCAUGUCUUACCUCCAUCUCUUUGUCUCUCUCUGGUAGACUGUGUCCUUGCUGUCAAUGUCCUUUCUCCAUUUGUUGUCUCUCCUCUGUUGUAGGACGUGUCAGUUUUUCCUUGUCAUGUUUCCUUUUCCAUCAUAUGUCUCGAUCUGGUAGACUGUGUCAUCUUUUGUUCCCCACUGUCUUCCAUCAAUCUGUAUCUCUUGGUAGACUGGUCAUGCUUGUCCACUGUUUCCUUUCCAUCUAUUGUCUCUCUCUGUAGACUGUGGCAUGCUUGUCACUGUCUUCCCUCCAUCUCGUUGUCUCUCUGGGUAGACUGUGUUAUGUUGUCACUGUCUCCCUCAUAUCCGUUUGUCUCCUAUAUGGUAGACUGUGUCAUUGCUUGUCACUCCUGUCUCCCUUUCCAUUUCCCUUUUUUUUUUCUGUCUCUCUCCGGGGGGGGGUAGACGUAUUUUGUCAUGCUGUCAACUGUCUUCCCCUACAUCUAUGUAUCCUAUGGUAGACUGUGUCAUGCUUGUCACGGUCUUCCUAAAUCUCUCUGUCUUUACUCUAUGGUAGACUGUUGUCAUGCUUUUGUCACGUCUUCCCUCCAUCUCUGUCUAUCUCUGGUAGACUGUGUAAUGCUUGUCAAUGUGUUGUUCCCUCCAUCUCGGCUCUCUCUGGUGAGACUGUGUCUUAUGCUGGUCACUGUCUUACCUCCAUCUCGUCUCUCUCUGGUAGAAUGGUCAUGCUUUCAUGUCAAUUUGUAUUCUCUCCAUCUCUGUCUCUCUCUGGUAGGCCGUGUCAUGAUGUCACUGUCUUCCCCUCCCAUCUCUUUCAUCUGUCUCUCUCUGGUAGCCUGUGUCAUGCUUGCACGUGGUGUUGUGUGAAGUUACUGGGUUUCGGUUUACUAUACUGUUUACUGAUUACUCUCUGGUGUUUCAGAUGGCCAUGCGCGACACACACCACAGACACACACACACACACCCACACACACACACCACACCAUCACACAGCUAUGUCGUACCUAUUAAUUGUGAGGGACCUUGGGAGACUAACAAGGAGUGCCAUUCAAAAAGCCUAUUGUUCCCGAAACCGGAACCUAACCGUCAACCCCGACAACCAGAACCCGGAACGGGCGACCCCGGACCCGUAAACGGAUACCACCUUCCUAACACCUACCUUAAAUCUACACCUAAGCCAUACAAUAGUUCCUUUUUACAAGUCGACGACCGGCACAUAUGCUCCCUCAAGUUUCCACAUUUUAUUUUUUGUUGCUUGUGUAUAUUAUGUUCAGGUUUACUUCUCGGUACUCAUCACAGAUAGUACAAAUUUGUGUAUACACACACACUAAGGCAACCACACACACACGGUUUGCUGCUCUGUAUCUAAUUGAUUUGAAAAAACACAAUUUUCUCAUGCUGCGUGAUUUUAAGAUUUUUAGAACAAUUAAUGUUUACGGUCAGAAACCUACUCCCCCCUGAGAAAUGACUUCAGCAACAACAAACCAUUUGAUAUUUGAUAUCCUCUCUAUCUUUCAUGUUAUCAUUCUUCCCCAGAUCAUUUUCUUCUCUGUGUUAAACUGUAUUUAUUCAUUUGUGUUCCAACACCACGCACAGCCACCCGGGGCAGCCGGGGGGUGCAGCCCCAUGGGGAACCACCCCCGGAGCUAGCCACCCUCAAGGCGUAAGACGGGCGGCAUCCCCAAGGGGAAAAAAACCACGAUCAGCCAAAGUGCAGCCCUGUCUCGUCAAUUCCCACUGUUCACCCCACCUCUAUACUCCCCUGCUCAUCCUGUCUGUCAUCCCAAGUUCACCCCCCUCUCCAUCACUGUCAUUGUCUGUCCUGCCCACUGUUCAAUUCCCCUCUAUCCUCCCCCACCAUGUCAUCCGGUCUGUCUCCCACUGCAUCCCACUCUCUGGUCUCUCCAUCCAUCACCAGAGGACAGUUUUGAUAAGAUAUUUAAUUUAACUUUAGAAAGGGAAGUCAUGCUGGGCUCUUCCCUUUGCACUUCUCAAAAGUAACACCCGAUGACGGGCAGGACAGAGCUCUUUCAGACCUUGGCUUCCCUCAGUCAGAAGUGUGUUGUGAAAGAGUGUGUGUGGGAGAGAGGUUGUGUCGUGAGGGCACUCUGGGUUCUGUUACUUUGUUGGCACCACACAGAGUGAUCCCCCGGUGACUUGCAUAACCUUGGAUCUUUGCCAUGUUAUUCUGAACUAUGGCCGAUUAUAAAUUCCUCCCCAAUCCUCUUGUUGGGAUAUCUGGUCUCUGGCCAUUUGUAAAAAUCAAACAUGCGGCAUUCAUUUGAGCUGAUGGGUCUUGCCAGACCUGGAGAGUCAGUACCAUCGGCUAAGUAAUCUGUGGGCCACCUGGGCCUGUGCCCUAACAGAGCUGAGAGGACUGGUGAAUAUGUCUGCUAUGAAGCCAAACCUUGGCUAGAAGAUAAUUACACAUCUUCACUAAUGUGUGGCAUGUCAUAAGAAGGCAUAACCCAAACCACAUGAGGUUGGUGGCACCUUUAAUUUGGGGGAGACUGGGCUUGUGGUAAUGGCUGGAGCGGAAUCAGUGGAAUGGUAUCAAAUACAUCAAACACCAAGGUUUCCAGGUUUUUGAUGCCAUUCCAAUUUGCUUCCGUUCCGGCCAUUAUAAUGAGUCGUUCUCCACCUCCUCAGCAGCCUCCUGUGACCCAAACCCACACUGAGCAGCUCACGGACAGUCGGAUUGUGGCUGUACCCACUAGCCUACGACCUCUCUCUCUAUAUCGAUACCUAUCGCUGUUGUCUCUGUUAUCAGAUCAUAUCUAUUAUCUUCUGUCCUCUCUAUGUUCUCUCUACAUCUCUCUCUCUCUCUCUCUCUAUCUCUCGGAUCCUCUCUCUUCUCCUCCCUCUCUCUCUCUCUCUCUCUCUCUCUACUAGCUCUCUGCUGUCUUCUGUCUCUUCUCUCUGUGUGUGGUGUGACUGGACCAGUAUUCAAUGCCAUCUGGCUCUCAGCACCGACAUUCCACUCCAAGUCAGAGCUGAAAGGAGAGAGGGAGGAUGAGAGAGAGAAAGAAACGGAGAGAUGCAAGGCAACACAGCAGAGAGAGUGGGAAGGAUCCACGGAGAGAAAACAGGAGUGUGAGACAUAGAGAGAGAGAAACGGAGAGAGUGAGGGAUGAAGAGAGACUUGGGGAGGUUGAGAUGUGAACCUCCUGAGAGAGGAGCUUAGUUUUGCUGGAGCUGCAAUAGAUGCAGCAGACGUGUGUAUGAGCAAGCUGUGUUGCCUCUGGGGUGUGUGUGGAUUAUGUGUGUGUGCUUGGGAGAGAGAGAUUUACAUUUAUGAAAGUCCUAUUUAUAAAGGUCUACAAUCUGGGUCUGUUUUUAUUUUGGCCAGUGUGUAAUUAUGGGGAUCUAUUCUGCACUAGCAUAUGUUAUAGGCGGGAUCCUAGGGGACAGUUGGAGUGUGUGUCUGUGUGUGUGCGUGUAAUUCCCCAUAGCUGGCACUAGCAUGCCGAGUUGACCCACUGUCUCUGUCUGUGGUCUCUCCAGCUGGAAACUAUUCCCCCUCUUUAGCCUGCCUUUCUCUCCUCUCUCUCGUGCUCUCUCUCUCUCUCUCUCUCUCUCUCUCUCUCUCUCUCUCUCUCUCUCUCUCUCUCUCUCUCUCUCUCACUCGCUCUUUCUCUUUGUCUCUGUCUCUCUCUCUCUCUUUCUCUUUGUCUCUCUCUCUUUGUCUCUCUUUCUCUUUAUCUCUCUCUUUCUCUCUCUCCCUUUCCUGCUCUGUCUUGCUUGACAAUUCAAAGGGAUUUGGCAACCAUUGAGAAAGAUAUUUAGUGAGCAAGGCAAUAGAAUAGAAGAAUGUUAAAUCAAACACCAGCAUAGUGCAUGAUCCUUUAGUUAGAGACUGGAGCUGCCUGACAAACGUUAGUUAGAGACUGGAGCUGCCUGGCAAACGUUAGUUAGAGACUGGAGCUGCCUGACAAACGUUAGUUAGAGACUGGAGCUGCCUGACAAACGUUAGUUAGAGACUGGAGCUGCCUGGCAAACGUUAGUUAGAGACUGGAGCUGCCUGACAAACGUUAGUUAGAGACUGGAGCUGCCUGACAAACGUUAGUUAGAGACUGGGAGCUGCCUGACAAACGUUAGUUAGAGACUGGAGCUGCCUGACAAACGUUAGUUAGAGACUGGAGCUGCCUGACAAACGUUAGUUAGAGACUGGAGCUGCCUGACAAACGUUAGUUAGAGACUGGAGCUGCCUGGCAAACGUGAUUUGAUGAUGUAAUACUAUUCUGUGGUGGAAGGCACAGCUUUACGGUCAAUGUUUCAACCAAUCAUGACAAACCUAGUAAAAUCUGAGACUAAUGAUAGGAUGUGAUGUGGUUUUGGAUGACGUCUCAGAACUGGAUCGCUAUGGAAACCAGAGUGCCACUGUGUGUGUGUGUGUGUGUGUUCGUGUAUGUGUGUGUGUGCGUGCUCGUGUGUACCGUAGAGCCCCUGCCAUCCCAUAAAUAAUCUUUAAUCUGUAGCGCUGUGGUGCGGUUGAGCUGCAGCUCCCAGAUUUGAUGUAUUAAACUGUAAUCCUUAAUCAUCUCUAAUCGUUUAGAUCUUUGACUGAUCAUCCCCUGCCCUGACAGUACACUGACCUCACUGUGAGGUAAAGAUGAUGCUCUUGUCUCUGUAGCCAAGUCUCUGCUGAUUGUGUCUAUAUAGCCCUCACACAUUGAACUAGGCUCAGUCGUUGUGUUAGACAGCCCCCUGGUGGUAGAGACAUCACAGUACAAGGCUGCAUGCAACUUUAACUAUAGUUUUCAUCCUAUAUGAACGGUUGUUUCCUUCCACAUGGCACAUAUUCAUCAUGUCACUUAAACCCACUCUCUUCUCUCUCUUUCUUUCUUUCUUUCUUUCUUUCUUUCUUUCUUUCUUUCUUUCUUUCUUUCUUCUUUCUUUCUUUCUUUCUUUCUUUCUUUCUUUCUUUCUUUCUUUCUUUCUUUCUUCUCUCUCCCACCUUCCAGGAAGCCCUCCCACCCCCAGCUCAAAUCCUUCAUUGGUCACAUGGCCCAGGGGGGGCGUGGCCAAUGGGAGGGGACUCUCAGCUCAUUGCCUCGCCUCCCUAACCACAACGCCUGUGAGAUGGGCGAGCUCACUCAGACAGGUAACCAACCAAUAAAUCACAUUAAAGAUGUGUAAUGAACCAACAAAUCGCAUUCCAGACGGGCUGGGUUUAGAUCUGAAAUGUGCAACCAAUCUCUGUCUUUCCCCUGUUCAGGUGUGGUGCAGCACUUACGCAAUGGCCAGCUCCUUCGCCAAGCCUACAAGCGCCACAAACUCCUCCCGCCCGAUUGGUCGACCAAGCAGGUGUGGGUGGAGACUACGGGCAGGAGCCGCACCCUCCAGAGCGGGAUGGCUCUUCUGUAUGGGUUCCUGCCAGACUUUGACUGGAGCCGUCUGACAGUCCACCACCAGUGGAGCACGUUGUUCUGUGGCUCAGCCUGUGACUGUCCUGCUAGGAACCGCUAUCUGGAGGAGGAGCAGAGGAGACAGUACCGCCUUAGAGUGGCAGACACUGAACUGGAGAGGACCUACGCAGACAUGGCCCGUACGCUAGGUCUGCCCCCGCGCCAGCUCAGAGCUGCCAACCCUAUAGACUCUCUUCUGUGCCACCUGUGCCACGGCCUGUCCUUCCCCUGUGUGCCAGCAGGGAGUGCUAUCGGCAGUGGGGGCUGUCUGACUCUGGCUCAGUUCGCUGUGAUCCGCAGGCAGCAGUUAGAGGACGAGGUGGACAGGAGGAGGGUGGGGCUGUAUCGCCGCUACGCCCUGCUCGCCACGCACCCCUACCUCAACCGCACCGCCAACAGGAUGGAGCGCGUCGCCAAGGCCAACGCUCCAGGCCGAAAACCCCGCGCUGGAGGAGAGGAGGUGUUCACCCUGUCCUCGGCUCACGACGUCACCGUGGCGCCGUUACUAAGCGCCCUGGGCUUGGAGGAGGCAUUGUUCCCGAGGUUUGCAGCGAGGGUUGUGUUUGAGUUGUGGAAGAGUCCGCCCGCAACGCAGGGACAACGUAAGGGGCAAGGGCAGGGCCAGGAUAAGGCUGCUAGGGUGAAAGGGGAGAGGUCAAAGGGUGGUAACGGGGGGGACAUGUUUGUGAGGGUUCUAUACAAUGGAGAGGACGUAACCUUCCAUACCACCUUCUGUCGCUCACAUGACCACCACGCCACACAGCCACUAUGCCCCCUAGGUAACUUCCUGUCUUUCGUCAGGAAAGACAUGUUCAGUGUCCUCAACGCCACGUCCUACCACGAUGCCUGCUACCGACAGACAGGCUGACUGACAGAGGGAUGGAGAGAGAAAAGGAGGAGAGGAAGGGAAUCAUUUAGCUGAUUUUGGAAUUUGUUAAUAGCUCUUUUCCCACUUUGAUGGUAGUGUCCUAUUGCACUAUUUUAAUGUCUUAAAACUUUCACAUUUUUGUAAAGUCACAAACAUUCCUGGAAAGUAUAGAUACUGAUCAUACAUAUCAUGCGCACAAACACACUGCAAAAAUACAUAUUUUCACCAACAAAUUCCUAUACACAAACACAUACUUCAUGCCUUCUUGAUCAGAUGUCUUUGUCGAUAAAGUUUGACUUCUAAACUGACAGCCUUGUGGUGU